AUGAUAUCAACUGUUUUACUAAAAGCGCAAAUAAUCUGGACAUUGUUGGCGUAUUCUGUUACCUAUGGUAAGUGCAUGUCUGUGCAUGAAAUUACCUUUAGCAUUGCAUAAUGAUAAAAAAUGGAUUAUAAUUUACAGGUAAUCUAAAUUUGGUGACUGUUGAUUCUUCAGCACAGACCGUGGCCGGGCUUCUGUAAUCUGUUCGUUUGUUUUGUAUUUUAAGUCAAUAUAACUCUUACAGUUUUGGAAGAUUUAUUUUUGACGAGAAAAUUUCCUAACAAGCAGACAGGUGAAUUUGUAGUCUUGCAACUUGCAUCAUAUAACGGAAAAAUAUCUUUUGAUGCCAGUGCAUGUGGUUAGCGCUAGCCCAUAGGUCAUAUGUUUACAUUUUAACAAAAAACGAACUAAUUAUUGCGGGGAUAAUAUGAUGUAGUUUCAAGUAAUCUUCGGUGAAUGGUCACAGAGAAACGGAUUAUUCUGAGGAACUUAAUAUAUGAAAUAUAUAUAAGUAUUAUAGUUGAUAUUUACGUGACGUUUUAGUUUUAUAGACGUACGUUACGCCGGUCAGACGAGCGCAAACACGUAACAGAACCCGAAAAUUGGUACGUUUUGCAUCAUAACACUCGUGCGCUGGUGAAUCUUACUGAUGUUUUGUCAUAUGUGUUGAAGUCACAAACUGUCACAAACAUAUUUCCAGCUUUUCCAGCCCCUUUCCGGCAAUCUGGCUGACGUACGUGUUGACAAAAAACGUUGCUUGCUAAGCUAUAAAUAUUUGUUUGACCGCCCAGAACGAGACAGCCUUGUACUGCAUGAUGAAUUGAACAGAUAAGACGCUAUUCAGCAAAGUCGUGUUGAUUUUUAUUCUGCUACCGAAAGAAAGGUUAAGUUAACAAUGAUAAGAUUCAACUUAUGGGAUCAAAUACAGCCUCAGAACGAUAGGUCACGUACAGAUCUGGGGAACGAACGUGUUAGAGUGGAACCUCUAAUCACAUAGAGGGACAACCAAAAACCACAAAAGAAAUAAAAAACGAGGAAUUAUAAAAAUUGAAAUAGCAAAAAAUCGAUAGAGCUAGUUAGCAAAUGCAAAUUAAAGAGUUUUGACCUAAUAGGUAUUUAAUUAUAGUCAUUAUGGUCCAAAUGAUCCGAUGUUGGCUAAAACAACGUGGCUGGCCAAAACAGUAGCCUCAUUUGCGACAUUCGCAUUCUACCGAGACAUUAUUUGUACACAGAUAUAUUAAUGAGGUUUGUGAUAUCUUCGGAAUCACAAGAUUUUAUCUGUUUCGUAAUGAAUCAAAUAUGAAAAAGAAUGGAAAAUUCAUAGAUUUAAAUCUUUCGAAAGGCACUAUAGAUUAUGCAUGUAGAUUCUACAAUUGUUGGGAAGAUGUCUGCAAUGCAGGUCAAAAUAUCAGUUCUAAUUCCACUCGUUGUCAUGAUCAUUUUGGGUAUUUCUUCAGGUAUGAGUGUUUAGGUUAUAUGUAUUUAUGCCGAUGGCGUUUAUGUCAAUAAAGCAGGCGCAAAUACUGUCGAGUGCAGGCCUGAUUAACCGCCAUGACGCAACUCAUGAGGAUUUGGCAUCCACGCAGGCGGUCAAUUUUAGUUUAGGACUCAUUCGAGGCGUUCAUCCUUUGACAUUUUAUACACUAUCGCAGUAUGGCAGAUGUUGAUCAACUAGAAGCUAUCAGAAUAAGAGAAUAAUGUUGACUGGCUUCUUUGUCGUGGCAGUUUUGUAUUUGAUAACAGACAACUAUAAAACAGAUCAAGGGAUCAGGCUGUCAUGUUGACUAUUUUGACUACCUUUGACAUUCUACUGAUUCUAGUCAUGAGUAUAUUCAACUCAUAUAUAUGUUUUGUCAAACUCAGGGUGUUGUGAUGUCCUUAACGAGACAAGGUUGAUUCGAGACUUGUUAAAGGACCGCUACGACCCAGAUGCCAGACCGGUGAGAAAUCAGUCCGACUCCGUCAGGGUUGAACUUCAGAUGAUCUAUAAGGAACUGAAGGAAAUUGUACGUAAAAUUAAAACUUUUUUCUGGAAUAUAAAGUCUGACCUUCUCUUGAUUAUUUUAUAUUUUAAAAGUAAGUAUCCGUAAAACAUUCAGUUCCCUAUUUAUUUUUUUAGGAUGAACCUAAGCAGCAAAUGACUUCUAAUACACGAUUCAGAAUUGUAAGUAUUUUUAUUUAUAUUUUUAAAGACACAUUUCCUGUAGAAACAGUCUUGUAUUUGGAAACAAUGGAUUAGAGAAUUACGCCCGUAUUCUAAAAGCUCACUCAGACUCAAUGAGUGGAGGUUCAAUAUGAGCUUCUCUUGAGUGCCGGUGCUGUUUUUGUAUAGCUGGAGGGUUAGUAUCGUACCUUACUAUGUGACUACUCACUCUCCAGCUAUUCAAAAACAGCACUGACACUGAAGAAAAGUUCAGAUUGAACCUCCACUCAUUGAGUGCAUGUGAGUGAGCUUUUAGAAUACGGGCGUUAGUAUAGGCCAAUUGAUAGGAGAUCCCUGAGGUGCCUACGAUUGAACUGAACGUCCUUAUCCGCGAGAAGACGCAAAAGUCUAAUUCCAUUUACUGAUGUCAACGUAAAGGUAGCUUUCUCCUCAGUUAUUUUAAGAUCUUGAGUAGAGGUCCAACCAAUUAAGGAUUAACACGGCUCCUCCGCCAGCUUGAAAGGCAACCGUGGUGAGCACGCCGCCACAUAUGCUGCUUGAAGGAACAAAACAGACAUUUGAUUUGCAAAGAUUUUAAUCUUGAUUUCUUGCCAGAAAUGGAAAGAUGUUUCGCUGCAAUGGAAGAAAGAAGAAUACGGGGGAGUAAAAGUUAUCCGACUCGAUCCGACCCGUAUUUGGACACCAGAUCUAACUUUAUACAAUAGGUAAUGGCGAGCUUAAAGGACAUAAUUGGCAGUAAAAAAUAGUUUAGCUCAUUUGAAAGAACUCUUAAAACUAUAUAUUAAACUCUAUUACAGAAUGUUUAAAUCUUGCUUAGUUUUCAAAAUAUUUCGACUGAAAAAAGUGAGCUGUUCGCCACCUUGGAUUAUUGAGGAUAUGCAUGUUACGUCAAGAGAGGGGUCACGCUAAUUUAGCGAUCAAUAUGGGUCCAAAAUUUCGUUUCUGCUUGCUGUCUGAAAUUUAGAAAUGAUUAUUAAAAACAUUUCAAACAAUUCUGGAUUGUUACUCGGUCAUUUUAGAAUAGUUUUAUAUGGUUAACCCAACUCCUGACGUCAUCAAAACCACAGUUAAUUAAAGAGGUCAGGAAUUAGACCAAGAUGGCGGACAGCUCAUUAAUUUCGGUCUAAAUACUUCGAGAACGGUAAUAGAGUUUAAUAUAUAAUUUUAAGAGUUCUUUUGAAUGAGACAAAAUAAUUUUUUAUUGCCAAUGUCCUAAGUAAGAGGGUCCUGAAGGGGGGGGGGGGGGGGGCCCAAUCUCAUUUCCCACCUGAAAUUUUGGCAAAAUUCCAGUCCCGGUUGGAUUUUUAUUAGAAAUCUCAGUCCGAGUUAUUGAAAUCCCAGUCAAUAAACAACCCUUUAUUUAUCGGUAGAAUAAACAGUUUUAAGACUUUUUAAGCCACCGUGUGUGCAAGUGGCAGACACUUUAUGAAAUAUUGGGGGGGGGGCUUGUGCCGAAGGCACGGAAAAUUUCCAAAUUUGAAUCCCGGAAAUGGCAUUUACAGCAUUCUGAGACACGCAUAAUCAGAAAACCCAGAAUUCUGGGCGCCAGAGCAUGCCUGUUCGCAGGUAGUGCUGUGAAUAAUACAACAACAAAAAUCAUGACCAAAGACACCAAAAGCGGAUCAAAAUUGGGAAUCGACUCACAUUACUUCAAUCCCAUUCCCAUUUUUGAGGACUUCAUUUCCCAUUCCCAGUGGCCAAAUCCCAGUCCUAGCAACCCAAAUCCCAUUUUCCAAGUCUAAAAAUAGAUCAAUCCCAGUUCCCAUUUUACCCCUUCAGGACCCUCAAGUAAGUAAGCGACGUUUUUAUACGAGCGGCGCUAUAUCAUGCCGCAAAACACCGCCAAAAUUAGUCAUACAAAUUUUCGAGUGACUUCCGCGGGUUGUUUAAUUUAAGCUCGCUAUAAUGUUUAAAUAUAUUUAAUAUGCAAUUAAGUAUAAUCUGUUAAACGAUUUGUAUAAAAAUUUCCAAUAGAAAAUAACGUUUGCGUAUAAACAAUUUUCAACCCAGAUUUAAUGCCGGGUGAUUCGGAUUGCUACAGACUAAAUUUUGAUCAAGGCAAGAAGAACGAAAUACAACACCACAGCUGGAAAGAGCGUCUUAGAAUGAGUAAAACUGCAAAGAUUGGUUGCUAAAUGUUGUGAAAUGAAGAAAAUAUAGCCCUGUGAAGUUCGCAAAUUUUGUAAGUAUAUUUGUAUUAUGCGCGGUAAAAAUAACCACUUUCGGCUCAAAAAUGGUUAUUUUUCCCGCGCGUAAUGCAAAUAUAUACAAAAUUUGAGAACUUCACAGGGCUAUAUAUUUCCUCAUUUUACAACAAUUCGCAACCAAACUUUGCAGUUUUACUCAUUCUAUAAGAUACUCUUUCUAGCUAGCUGUCGUGUUGGAUUUCGUUCUCUUAAUAAUUGUCUGGAUCAAAAUUUCGUCUAUUACCGGGAUCAUCAAUAGACCUUUCCCCUUAUAACCAAAAUUUUGAUCUAGGCAAGUCUAGACAAAUAUUUCAUCACAGCUUGAAAGAGCAUCACAAAAUUAGUAAUAUUCCAAAGUUUCGUUGCGAAAUGUUGUAACUGAAUGAGAAAAAUAGAGCCUUGCGAAGUUUGCAAUUUUCAGUCAUUUUGCAUUACAAACGGGAAAUUGCAGCCCCAACACCCGAAUCGGAUGUCAAUUUCCCGUUUGUAAUACAAAAUGACUGAAAAACGGCAAACUUCGCAAUUGGCUAUAUUAUCCGCAUUUUACAAGAUUUUGCAACAAAACUUUGGAAUAUUACUAAUUUUGUGAUGCUCUUUCAAGCUGUGAUGAAAUUUUUGUCUAGAUCGAAAUUUUAGUUAUAAUGGGAAAGGUCCAUUGGGAAAAGUAAUUCGAUUUUAUUUUCAUUCCAGUGUCCAUAAAGAUGGAGGCAAUAUCUACAGCUACCUAACUAAAGCUAUGAUAUCCUGUAACGGAUCGGUCACGUGGCUCACUUACGCCAAUUUGAAAACCACAUGUAAACUGGAUAUUUCUGGCUUUCCAGUAGACGAUCAGAAAUGUACAUUGAAAAUAGGCUCGUGGACUCUAAAUAGUGCUGAACUUGACCUACGCCUCGCAGCCGAUAACGGCAAACAACCUAACUUAGCGCAAUACAGCGCUCAUACGGAAUGGGAACUCGUGUCCGCUAAUGCGACUAGAAACGAAGUAAAGUACCCCUGUUGUCCCGAGGUGUAUACAGAUAUCACCUUCACCCUGCAUUUUAGACGAAAGCCUUGGUUCUACGUUGUGACCAUAGUGCUCCCUUGUGUAAUACUAUCGCUGCUGGCCUCGAUUUCGUUUCUAUUCCCGGCCGGUUCGGGGGAACGCGUUUCGCUCGUCAUUUCAGUUUUACUUGGGCUUACUGUGUUCAUGCUUAUCAUCAACGAGGAGACACCGGUCAGUUCCGAUACCACACCGUUGUUGACUCGCUACUUCAGCGUGAUCUGUUGCGGGACGUUCAUGAUUCUCCUCGCAACCGCGUUCAUUCUUCAAAUCCAUCACGGAUCGAACUCGGAACCAGUCCCCUGCUACCUCGUGAACUUGCGCAACGUUCUUGCUUUCCUAUUUUGCAUGAGAGCCUCAUCAAAACCACAAAAGCCGGAAAAGAAUCAACUGUUGGUUGAUAAAAUGUUACCGGAUGAUGAACAUAGACUUUCCGUUCCGUUCGCUGAUUCGUCCAUUCCGGCGUGCGGCGUCCCGAGGCGGCGACAUGCCACGGAUAUUAUGCUAAUGAGCAAGCUACAGCUUCUUACGUCGCACAUGGAAGAGAACGAUUUGGUUGAUAAAGUACAAAAAGAUUGGCAAUACACGGCCAAAGUUUUUGACAGAUUGUUUUUCGUUAUAUUUUUAUUGUUUUAUGUGGGUCUUAAUUUGUAUAUAAUUGCUUUUUUGAGCGCAUGAAAAUAUUUCUUUGUAAAGUAAGCUAAUUUUAUUUAUGCUGAAUAAUUCUAUAUGACGAUAUUAAUCUUGAACUGUUUAAGAGGCAGUCUUUCUAUGCGGCGUAUUUGCAAGGAAAAGUGUUCAAAACCUAAAAUUUUUUGGCGAGCCUCUCAAAAUUACUUAUAUAUAUAUAAGCUUAAUUUUCAAAGUUUACACAAUUAGCAACCUUUUUAAUUAACUGACGUAUCUGGCGGUUGAGAAACACAAAAUAAUAGUUAAAUACUGUCAAUGUAAAUACAAUUAUCAUUGAUGCUGUAAAAUUGACGCCAUCAGUUUAUACAGCAAUAUAAGCAAGACCUACUGAACUAAAAUCUCUUCAUUUUAGCAUCAUUUUACACUAUAAAGCACCACUAAACAUGCUUUUUAAGUUUGUUUGCCGCUUCAUGCAGAAACUAAAUUUAACUACAAUUUAAUAUAGUCAUAACUAAGGGGAAAGGUACAUUCAUUAGUUUUGAGGCGUGUUGCAUAACAUACAGAAGAUUCUCCUCUUAAAGAUGUUGUAUCAUGCAGAUAUGCAACUGAACUGGAGCCAAAGGCUGAAGGUCGUACGACGUCUAAUGGACCUUUCCCCUUAUAACUAAAAUUUCGAUCUAGACAAAAAUUUCAUCACAGCUUGAAAGAGCAUCACAAAAUUAGUAAUAUUGGCAAAGUUUUGUUGCAAAAUCUUGUAAAAUGCGGAUAAUAUAGCUUUGCGAAGUUUGCCGUUUUUCAGUCAUUUUGUAUUACAAACGGGAAAUUGACAUACGAUUCGGGUGUUGGGUCUGCAAUUUCCCGUUUGUAAUGCAAAAUCGGACUGAAAAUAGCAAACUUCGCAAGGCUCUAUUUUCCUCAUUUUACAACAUUUCGCAACGAAACUUUGGAAUAUUACUAAUUUUGUGAUGCUCUUUCAAGCUGUGAUGAAAUAUUUGUCUAGAGUUGCCUAGAUCAAAAUUUUGGUUGUAAGGGGAAAGGUCUAUUCAACACAAACGCGAAUCAGUGCUGUAUACAGCUAUUUCAAUUAGGGUUGUCCACGAGCAAAGCGGAAAAAUGAGUCGAAUACGAGCGCGAAAGGCUGCUGGGAAUCCCUAAAAAAAUAAUGAAUUUUCAUAGCGAUUCCCAGCAGCCUUUCGCGCUCGUAUAUUCGACUUUUCCGCUUUGCUCGGGGGACAACCUUAAUUGAAAUAGCUGUAUAUAGCUUGUGAAACGUAUAAGGAUUUCAACAGUUGUGUUUUAAAUUAUAUUAAAAAGAAAGUGAUUUUGACUGAAAAAAUCGCGGAAACAAUUUAUGGAAAUCAGGAGAAUUAAUAUAUGUGGAUGAAACACCUCAUUAAACAUUGAUUUCUUUUGAAUUUUCUUCAUGAAGUAUUAAUGAGUUUUACAAUAUCAUUUGGAUUUUGUAGAAGACAGUUUCAAUUUGUAACUCUUCAUAAAUGUAGGAUCGGUUUCAUUUUCGUGAGGUUGUGGCAUAUAUAUACCUGCUCCCUACGUCAGAUUACCUGUAACUUCGGUGUGGAAGCUUUAAAUAUAUAAAUUGAUAAAAAUGCGAAAAUUUAAUAAACGAAGGCAGCCAGAAAAUAGUAAAAUUCUUCAAUUAUUAUUUACUACGUAUAUUAGGAAAUAUUAUUACAGUUAUCUGCCCUGCAAUAGCAAAGGAAUAUUGAUUCAUAUUCUAAUAUUAAUCUCUUUUAAGUAUUAAUUAGUAUAUUAAUAUCACGCAGGCAAUUUUAUUAAGAGUAUUGUGCAUCAGUGCAUGUGAUAUAAGAUAGCAAACGAACAGGAAAACUGUAAAUUUUGUAAAGCAUCUGCAUUUGUAGAAAGUGGUUUAAUUUAAAUGACGAAAUUUAGAUUAUAUUAUAGGCAUAUAGCAGCCUUGAAUUACCUCAGUUAAAAUUGAAUUGUACAAUAAUUUCAAUAUAUGUUACCUACCGGCCUGGGGUUUAUAAAAAAUUAAUGGUUCAUCGAACCGCAAAAAGCAGGUGUAAUCCCUCAUUACAAGUUGCCGUCGACAUGCUCAAUGUGAACUCAGCAUGUUUGUACGUUAGAGUUUAAACGAUAUCACGCCAUGUCAUUGUGGAAAAACUAAAAAGUUGACUUUGAACAUCGUUGUUUCCAUGGAAAAUUAUAAAAUUAUAUUAAAACUUCUUGUGACGGUCUUUUCAUUGGCUGUAUUUUCAAAAGGUAGGGAAGUACACGUCUAAUUAAAAAUCUCAACACGCAGACUUAUAUUUAUUAUUUUCAGUAGAUACGGUAUCUUAAUAAUAAUAAUAAAGUUGGCAUAUAGUUUUAGUGUCUGAAGUUCUUGAAAAAACUACAUGACAUGCAUACUCCUAUUUUACGAGCAAGGCAAUUCGUUGAGGCGCAUGGUUUAUACUAUCAAAGUUAAAUUCUAAGUCUUGGAAGAUUUGUAAAAAAUGUUUGAGGGACUGAGUCUCAGCGUUUAUGAGAUGUGAAGGGCAGCAUAUUACACGAGCCGUAAAAAUCUCCCAGUUGUUGACAAGCUUGGAACAAGUUGUUAUCAUCUAGCAACAAUGUUGCUGGAUGAAGCCAAGACGAUCGCAACAAGUUGUUCCAAUGUUUCUGAUAUCGUCUGCGCCUCGUAACACGUUAGCAAAUCGUUGACAACAAGUUCGUAGCAACCUGUGACGAACAGCCUGCAUUAGUCGUUAAAAUAACUUAUAAAAAUAAAAAUAACUUAAAAUAUUUUUUUUCGCGUUAAAAUAAAUUGUAUAGCAAGUCUGUUACCGUCAUCCAACUCGUAACAAGGCGAUAACAACUUGUUUCAGCCUUGACACGUACAGCAACCUUGUUACAGGUGUACGUGUAACAAUUUGCACAGUGUUUACAUGCGUAUAAAGGCAUUCCAACUUUUAACUAAAAUAUUUUAAUAUUAGUAUAUAAAUGCCUAUAUAAAAAUAUAAAAAUAAAUUUAAUGUCUUGAUUUAGUUCGUGUUGACGCAGGUAAAGGGCACAAAGCUCGCUUGAUUCGCGACUUAUUGCAAGAUUACGACCCUGAUGCAAGGCCAGUGAAAAAUGCUUCAGAUCCACUGAUUGUGAAAUUUACAUUGACUUACAACCAGCUACAGGAUUUGGUAAGUAUUUGAACGGAAAAUUAGAUAUGUAUAUGUAAUAUGGCUUUUAUUCCUUAUAACGAAAAAUCAAGUUACUGCGUCUAUAGUCUGUCAAGAUAUGAUGGUCUAGAAGCUUGGCAAACUUCAAAACUACAAAAUAGAAGACCUUUGUUUGAUGUUGAACUGUACCUAACCGUACACAAAUCCUUUGUCUCAACUUCAUUACCUUUAAGUCAAGUCCGUAAUGUAAACAAACGGUUUGUUUACAUUUUGAACUGCUGUAUUUUUUAAUAUAUGAUGUACUGUCUGAAUAUCUAACACCAUUUUGGUUCGCUAUGCUUCUAAAUGAAUAUGAAAUAGAGUUUAUGUUCAGAAAAAUUCGAAACAUUCGAAAUUUGGGCAAUGUUCACAUUUAGAGGUCCUCACAUUGUUAUGAGCAGAACCGAUGCGCAGAACGGACUUGACUUCCACUUUAAGUAUUAUCAAUCGUUGUUGCAAGAUCUCAGCUAUCUCUAUAGAUCUUCCCCCUUUUGAAUGAAAUUUUGAUCUAGACAAGUCUGGACAAAAAUUUCAUCACAGCUUGAAAGAGCAUCACAAAAUUAGUAAUAUUCCAAAGUUUCGUUGCGAAAUGUUGUAAAAUGCGGAUAAUAUAGACUUGCGAAGUUUACCGUUUUUCAGUCAUUUUGUAUUACAAAUGAAAUUGAUAAUCAGUUUGAUCAUCUGAUUAUCAAUUUCCCGUGCGUAAUACAAAAUGACUGAAAAACGGCAAACUUCGCAAGGCUAUAUUAUCCGCAUUUUACAACAUUUUGCAACGAUACUUUGGAAUAUUACUAAUUUUGUGAUGCUCUUUCAAGCUGUGAUGAAAUUUUUGUCCAGGCUUGUCUAGAUCAAAAUUUCACUUAAAAGGGGAAAAGGUCUAUUGGACUAUAUUACUUCAUUAUACAAAUUAACAAAAACUCAAACAAUAACAUAUGAAUGACUUCUAUUCAGUUUCCAGAACAUGAUAUUACCUUGAUACACUAUAUAUGCUGCGUCUUUUCAGUUCGGAAUUUUUAAACCUUGGGCUGGGAAAACUAGGGCUAAAUAGUGUCAUCGUGGACUCGUGGUUAAUAUUGUCUCUUGUCCAUCUUUCCAAAAGUAUACUCUCCCUGCCCAUGAAAACUUGUUGUGGAAAAUUAUAAACACUACAGCGGUCUGCCACGCGAAGGUGCAUCAACCACGAAACAAUAUUUGUUUAUCUCGGUUAUAAUAAUGUUCAAAACAUUCCUUGGUUUAGGACGAGCCGACCCAAGUAGCAAGAUCGCUCGUAUGGAUCAAUAUGGUAAGACAAUUUUUCGUUUUGUUUUUCUUUGUUUAAACUUAUUUUAACAUUUGAGUAAUAUGUUUCGUGCAAGAUUAAUAUAUUUCUUUUUGGUCUUGUCAUCCUAUUACUGCAAAGCUCAUCUUACGGAGCUUAUAUGUGCACAUGUUACAUGUUAUAUGUUACAUCUUAUAUGUUACAAGUUCUUUGUACGUUUGUAUGGCGAUAUCAAUCUCGUACCCAGAGCAAUGCCUGUGCGCGGGCUAGGAUGGCAUUGGCUCUGGGGAAAUUGACAACCGGAACCCCUAAAUUUAGGGGUUCCGGUUCUUUGUCGGCAUGCACGAUUGACAAACGUAAUGUAAGAGGGUCUUAAUGGGGGUCUUUGGGUGUCAGUUGUCAGCUAAAAUUUAAGCCAAUUGUCAGUUGUCAGUGCGAUAUAUUGCAAGCUGUCAUUAGUCAGUUACUGCAAAAUGCGGACUUAUAAUUUUUUUCAUCAUUUCUCAGUAGUCAGUUAGGAUAUUUUGUCAGUUGUCAGUCAAAAAUUCAGGCAAAUGUCAGUAGUCAGUUAACCCCAUUCAGACCCUCAUGUAAGAUCUUUAUUUACACAGGGUGACCCAAUCAGUGAAUGUUCACUGUUAUCCUUAGGGGCCCUGAAAAAUAUACAGUAUAUCUACAAUACAAUUUUAUCUAAAAUAGUAUAACAUUAUCUAAAAUCCCUACAAUAAACUAACUAUCUAUAUGUUCCGAUCGACUUAAUUAGACUUAUUAAAAACCUUGCAUUAAAAACGUUAAACCAAUCACAGCACAGAAAAAAUUCAAUUUCCCCAGAGCCAAUGCCAUCCUAGCCCGCGCACAGGCAUUGCUCUGGAUACGAGAUUGUGGCGAUAUAUGAAACAUAUAAUACUUUUGUUUGUGGAAACACCACGUAAAUUUAUUGCUGCAAAGCUUUCGAUCCGUAAGCCCGGAUCUUCAUCAGUGGUAAUAAUGAUGAAUAUCCGGGCUUACGGAUCGAAAGCUUUCAGUGCAGUAAUAAGUUUACGCGGUGUUUCCACAAGCAAAAGUAUUAUAAGACAGUCUUAUAUCACACACAAACGUUUUUCUUGGCAUAUAGUUUUGGCAGGAUGUGUAUUUGAAGUGGAACGCCAGCGACUAUGGAGGAAACACGCAAAUCCAUCUCAGCUCAACUCGGAUUUGGAAGCCUGAUUUGACACUUUAUAACAAGUAAGUGAAACCGUUAAGUUUGGCCAGGAAAUAUUUGUCAAAAACAUUGUAGCUGUAGUUGUUUCUCUGCCGGUCACAGCGCAGCUGUCUCAAUCUUUCCUAGUUUCUUCUGUAGUUUAUCGAUUUCCUUCAAUACUUUUCUAGUGCUAACAAAGAUGGCGCAGCCAUCUACGAUCUCUCCUAUCAAGUGACGGUGAGCUCCGAAGGAAAUGUCGGACUGGGCUGCCCUCUCAUCUUGGAAUCAGUUUGCCCCAUCAACAUAAAAAAUUUUCCUUUUGAUACUCAGAGAUGCCGACUAAAGAUCGGUUCUUGGGUUUAUGAUGGCUUCAACCUCGAUCUACAGCUAUCAGAAUCUACAAAAGGAAUCGACUUAACCACUUUAGAAGCAAAUUCUGUUUGGGAACUAAAAUCAGCGCAUGCCGUAAGACAUUCGGUCAAAUACGAAUGCUGCCCAGCGUCGUAUAUUGAUCUAACCUACACACUGGAAUUUCGACGGAAACCAUUAUACUAUAUAAUGACGAUUAUUUUUCCUUCUGUUCUUCUGUCACUACUUUCAUGUAUUUCGUUUCUAUUCCCCGCCGACUCAGGAGAACGUCUUUCCCUUGUAAUCUCAGUUCUACUCGGCCUUGUCGUCUUCAUGCUAAUCGUAAACGAACGUACGCCGGUCACCUCCGACGCCACUCCGAUGCUGACGCAAUUCUUUAACUCUAUUGCUGCGACUACAGUCCUUGCUUUGAUAGCAACUGCCUUUAUACUUCGCUUAAAUCAUGCAUCCACGUCGGAACCAGUUCCAAACGUUCUUGCGUGCAUCAGAGACUGUAUCGCUGGCGCAUUUUGUAUGAGACGCGAAUCACCAAGGCAACGAGUUGAUGUGAAUUUCGAGGAUGUACUACUGACCGAGUCACAGGUAUGCAUACACGCGUGUAAAAACGAACAACCUGUUCCCGGGUGAUAUCGACACACUCGAACAUGAUUGUGCUGCACUCUAAGAAAGGUUGUCAACAAUGUUGUUACAGCGUCGUUCAGUUGUAACAAUGCUGUGACAACGUUGUUGACAACUUGUUCUUAGGGUGAAGCACAACUUUGUUCAAGCCUGUCGAUAUCAACCGGGAACAGUCGUGCGUUUUUACGCGUGUUACAUUAAAUAUGGAGUGGAGGGCACUCAGCGACUCAUUGUACAUUCAGAUCAAUCAAUCAAACUUUAUUUACCCACGGUACUAUUUCACAAAAACAAAAACUAAAAUAUUUACAAGAUGUGAUCUUCCAAUAGGCCGUGCUGUGUAAACAAGAAAGAGUAAGGGUCCAAGAAUUGAGCCCUGCGGAAUACCAGUAAUUAUUGUUCGUGGUUCAGACAGUUUGCCAUUAACUUGACAAUACUGGGUACGAUUAGACAGAUAGGACCUAAACCAGUCAUGCGCCCUUCCUCUCACUCCAUAUAAAUAUUUUGUAUAUAUUUUGUAUAUAUGUAUAUACUAGCUCCACAAAGUACGAGGUUGACGAGACAGACAAACAAACAAACUAAAAAUAAACAAACAAUGAAACAAGAAAACAGACGAACGAACAGACGGACGGACGGACGGAGGGACGGACAAACGAACAGACGGACGGACGAACUAAUAAACAAACUUUGUGUGCAAAUAUGACCUCCCGUUGAAAGUAUUAAUUUAAUCUUUCUUCUUAAGGUUACGAGCAAUGGCUAUCAACGACAGUGGCCUGUAACCAUACGGGACCUCGUUGGACUGACCUCUUUUCGAAAACAACAGACUGAGGAAAAGAUCUUGAUAGAACUGCAGAAAAUCACAGCACAUUUGGAAGAGGAGCAUACGACGAGCAAAAUCAAAGCGGACUGGCACUACACGAUGACAGUGUUUGAUAGAUUCUUCUUUGUGAUUUUCUUUCUCAUUUUUAUUUCGUUCGUUGCUUAUGUCUUUUCAUUUUAGUCUGACAAGAGUAUUCUGUGAUACGCAUUUCUGGAAAGUACGUACUUUGACGAUAGAGCCUCGUUUUCGUGAAUCUAUAUUGCUAAUUAGUUUAUAAACUUAAACGUUUAUAACCGUGGGGCCUAAAACAAAAGCCAUAUGGUUUCUAGUAGGCUCCUAGCCCAUCUCUUGUAAAUAGUUUAUUAAUUUCUUUCAUGUGUAAUUUCAAUAUCUUAGGCGAAUCAGCAAAUAAAAUAAAUAAAUAUCUGACAUCAGUUAAAGAUGCGGUACAGUUCGAUCUGCGCGUGUGCACAAAGGAGCCCUCUUUUUAUUUACAAACAGUUUAUUUAGGUUUUUAUUUCAUUUUAUGUUCUUGCAAAGCUUAAUUGUUGUCUCUUAAUAAUUUAUUAUACUCUAGAAUCAUGAAAAUAUAAAUAGUUGUCGAAUAAAAUUCAAUGUUUUGCAUACCGAAAUGUAAACAAAGCCUUUGUUUACAUACGGACUGUAUCGCAUCUUUAAAAGUCAACGUCUCAAUCACAAAAUCGAGGCUCCAUAUCAAAGGUGAUGUUGUGUAUAGCUUAUUGGGCUAUUUUGUAAUCUCUUUGUCGUCUUACCCAGAUAAAAACAAUUUAUAAUUGUUGUAGCCUAUUGGGUUAAUUUGUAAUCUGUAUGGUGCAAUAUUAGUACUGGAAUUUUCAAUAUGGUUCAGUAAUUCAAAAUUUUAGAUCAUUUUGUACAAUCGGACCUGUCUACCACAGACAUAUUGAAUUAAAAUCAAAG